AGAGAGAGGCGACCACAGAUCCACUCUCUCUCAUCUCACACUCAGUUAACGCCACACUUCUCCUCAUGUCCUACAUCCUUUCAACUGCGCAAAACUGGGAAGUAAUUCAACUGUUUCUUUAAGUAUUAUUAUUUUUCAUUCGCCUUUUUUAAAUGAAAACACCGCUUUUCGACGAUAAGGUGCAGAGCACUGGUGUCACAGAACUGGGGAUAGUCUCAUACAAUAUGGAGUCUGGAGAGCGACUGUCCUCCCCAUCUUCGGCCCCGUCCUCCCUUCACAUGGCUUCGUCUUCGGCCGGCUCCUCCCCUGCGCCGCCACAGAUGCCCUCCGCCAAAUGCAGCCCAGCCUUUAGCCUUGCAGGCAGCUCCCCUCUCAGCGCCGAAAACUUCCCAUCAGAGCUACUUAGAUGCACAAAAAGUCAAGGCCCUUUGCGACAGAUGAGCGGGGAUGGGAGUUUAAAAAGACCCGCCAAGUCGAACAGUUUUCCCUUAGUCAGCCGUCCAGCUUCUCGGCUCUACACAUCAAGUGAGUUCGGAGGUCUUGGUAGUCUUGGUUUGUCUGCAUUUGCUGCUCAUCCCCAGUUUGGUACAUUUCCAGUGUCUUGCUCCCCCACUCCAGACUGGUGGUGGCCAUCUGAAGCACAUCUCAGAGGAGCAGCAGCCUUCCUCCCUCCUCUUCUGGGUCUGCAUCCUGCAUUUGCAUCAACCAUCAAAAGUCAAGAUCCUGCUCAUUCACAGCCCCGUACCUCAGUCUCUGUAGACAUGAAUGGAACAGUGAAUGGCAGGAGGGGUCCCCCCCCUACUGGGAAGUCUACUAUGAACAGCAGUUCAAUUCCAGCAAAGCGAAACAAGGAGAAAACUCAAGCCAACUGUUGUCAAAAGAGCAUUCAGGACCCAGGCCACCAGAAGACUGCUCUGCAAACAAAAGAAAAGAAUCCCAGCAAAAGACCACUAGAGACCUCAAGCAUGAGCGGCAGCCAGUCAGGAUCCUUGUCGGAGAGCUCAAGUGAUGUCGAGGAGAGCAGCAGUGAUGCUGAUGAUAUGGAGGAAGAGGAUAAUGAUGAUGAAGAAGAGGACGAUCAGAGCAAUGACAGUGAGGACUCUGAUUCCACAACAGAGGGUUGCCUUAAACGGAAAGCCAAGUGGCUGACACAGAGCACGUCUGAUAGUAAAAAGAAGAGACUUUGCAUUGCUGAUGAAAAUCCGACUCAAGACAGUCAUUGUGAUGGAGCUGCUUUGACUCCCUUGCACCGCCUCCAGUCAUCUCAUCCAGAUGAUCAGCCUCUGUCUGCAUCACCAUUUCUCCAAAGCUGUAGGGCUGCAGAAGAGGAGAACCAGCAACACAUCAGUGUCAUCCAGGCCAUAGGGACGGCCACCAGCAACAGUCCCUUUGCACUGUCCCUGAGGGAUGUCUCUCCUCUGGCCUCCAGCUCUCCACCCAACCCCAAGUCUUUCUCCAACUCACCCAGACACUUACCUCUAACUGCUUCACCAAAGCACUUCUCUCAAGUAUCCUCUCCAAAGCAUAGCUCUGUCUCUUCUUCUCCCCAACCCCUUGCUCUGUAUUCCCCUAUGAAACCCCUAUCUCCCAAAUCCUCGCCAUCACCCAAAUUCCUUCCCCUCUCUUCUACUCCCAAACCACCAGCACGGUCAGCCUCACAAAAUCCUGCACAUACACAGAGCUCGCUGGUGUUGUCUUCUAAUCACACAUGGCCUGUCGAUAGCCUGAAAGAAAGCAGUGGAAGCCUUUCAGAUAAAAACUCAUUUCACUUCAACAGUUUUAAAUUAAGACAGGCCGGCCAUUCCAAGGACUCUUUAAAGCAGGUUUUCUCUCUGCAACAUCCAAGCCAGAGCUGUGAGACCAAUCUGUUCCUGGGCCAUCACGCUAAUGGAGAGACCCAUCCUGAAGUACAGGAUGCUCCUUUGGCUCUCAUCACUAAGCCCCGCAUCCAGAGCUGCACCUUUAACACUAAGCCGCUGCUGGCAGCUACCAGCCCCUCCUACCGGAUGCCCAUCAACCUGAGCACUACCACCAAGGAACCAUCCGGCAGCACUGCUUCCCUGCCUAAAUCUACUUCCUCAUCACGAUCUGCUCAUGGAUCAAGGAAGACCAAGACCCCCACCUCCCUGAGUUCUGGAAAGACUGUCUCGAAAACCCACUCCUGUUCACCUGUAGACCUGGACAAAGGGAGUGAGUCUGAUAUCCACAGCAGCAAGGACUCCGAGUCGGACUCUUUAGAUGAUUUCGAUGAAGAUGAAGAUGACAUUGAGGAGGAAGAUUCUGGCACCAGUCUAUCAGAGUCAGAAAGCAAUAUGGAUAGUGACUCUGAUAGCUCCGAGGAUGACAUAAAAGAGCACGGUGAGAUGGAAGCUGGGAGCGACGUAGAGAGGUUUCCUCUGAAAGUAGCUAAAGCACCUUUGUCUGCUCACAAGUCGUCCUCACCCCUCUCAGCAAGCAGCUCCCCACUCAACUUGCAGGUUGUCAAACCUGCAAGUUCGCCUUGUGGUCUUCUCACUCCCACUGGGAUGACCCGCUUAGGAGCUUUGAGUAACCUCAGCGCCCUGUCCACAUCCUUCAAACUUGCUGCACUGCCAGGACCAGGAAAGAGGAGGACAGUGCCAGAUGAGAGCGUCCUACGACUGCCUCUUGAGUUUGGCUGGAGGAGGGAGACCCGGAUCAGGACCGUGGCAGGUCGGCUACAAGGGGAGGUUGCUUAUUUUGCACCCUGUGGAAAGAAGAUGCGACAGUAUCCUGAUGUAAUGAAGUACUUGCUCCGAAAUGGAAUAAUUGAAAUCUCCCGGGACAACUUCAGCUUCAGUACCAAAGUUAAAGUUGGGGAAUUCUAUGGAGCCAGAGAGGGAGCAGAGGGUUUACAGUGGGUUUUGCUGGCUGAGGAGGAGAUUACUCCCACUAUCAUAGCAAUGGAUGGCAGACGCAGCCGCCGCUUAAAGUCUGACCACCAGCCAACAGCUGAUGGCACUGGGAGUCAACAACUAAAGUCUCAUCCUCUAAUUAUCGCUGAAAAUAACUUCCAAGAUGCCAAGCUGCUGCGUAAACUGGAAGCACAAGAAAUAGCUCGACAGGCAGCUCACAUCAAACUGAGGAGAAAAUUAGAGAAGCAGGCCAUGGUACAAGCAGCCAAAGAGGCAAGGAAGCGGCAAGCAAUAUUGGCUGCCGAAGAAAGGCGGAAAAAGAGAGAGCAAAUAAAGAUUCUUAAGCAGCAAGAGAAGAUCAAGCGCAUUCAGCAAAUUCGGAUGGAGAAAGAACUCCGUGCACAGCAAAUUCUCGAGGCUAAAAGAAGGAAAAAAGAAGAAGCAGCCAAUGCGAGAAUAUUGGAGGCUGAGAAACGAAAUAAGGAAAGGGAGAUGCAAAGACUACAAGCUGUCAUACUGAAGCACCAGGAGUUGGAGAGGCUUAGACUAGAUAUGGUAUGGGAGAGGGAAAGACGCCGGCAGCACAUGAUGCUCAUGAAGGCUGUGGAGACCAGAAAGAAGGCAGAGGAGAAGGAGCGUCUGAAGAAAGAGAAAGACGACGAGAGACGGUUAAACAAAGAGAGGAAACUAGAGCUCAAACGGCUGGAAGUGGAAAAAGCAAAGGAGCUUAAGAAGCCAAAUGAAGACAUGUGUUUAGCCGAUCUUAAGCUACUUCCAGAACUGUCACGUGUUCCUGGUCUGGUCCUGCCAGGGAACACCUUCUCUGACUGCCUGAUGGUGCUGCAGUUUCUGCACAGCUUUGGGAAGGUCCUGGGAUUAGAAACCAAUUUAUACAACCUCAAAUUAAAUGACCUCCAGGAAGGGUUGCUCAACAUCAGAGGGGGUUUGGGCAAGGUGCAGGACCUGCUUGUGAGCGUGCUCUCUGUGGCUGUGUGUGACCCUGGUAUACCUGCAGGUCAUAAGAACAAAACCUGCUUGGGGGAACUCUUGAGUAAUGUGAAAAUCAACCGAGGCAACGUGUCUGAGAUCCUGCGAAUCUACGUGGAAGCUCAUUGUGAGCAGACAGAACUAGCUGCUCUGGCUGCCAGCCUCAGAACGAAGGCUUUUCAGGCCCACACUCCGUGUCAGAAGGUGUCCAUGCUAGUAUUCCUGGUUAAUGAGCUCUGCUGUAGUAAAGCUGUGAUCAGUGAGAUUGACAAAAACAUAGAUCACAUGUCCAACCUGAGGAAGGAUAAAUGGGUCGUUGAUGGAGAGCUGCGCAAACUGAGGAGCAUCCACACCAAGAAGACGGGGAAGAGACACAGCAAUGUGGGAGGAGAGGACAACCUCACCUUUGUCAUCCCCAAUGCCAAAAACAAAUGCAAGCAGAAAGAAGGGGAUAGUGAGGAAGAAGAGGACGAGGAUGAUGACACCGAGGAUCAAGGAGAUGACGAGGAUGAGGAGGAAGAAGAUUCAGGAGGAAAGAAAGGGAAGAAAGCAGAGAUUUGUGAAGAGGAGGAUGACAGUGUUCACUCAGACAUAGACGAGCUGGAGAAACAGAUUGAGAAAACCUAUAAGCAACAAAGUCACAUCAGGCAGCAGCUGUUUAAGUCGUCCUACUCGCUGCGCUCCAUGAUAAUUGGACAGGACCGCUACAAGAGGAGUUACUGGCUCCUCCCACAGUGUGGCAUCUUUGUUGAAGGCAUGGAGAGUAGCGAAGGUUGUGAAGUGUUGGAGAUGGAGAAGGAAAGACAGGAGACUGUUCAGGUGAUCAGAGUAAAGGAGGAGCAGCUGGAAGAGACAACCAUGCCAGCAGUGUCCAGCCUGGCACUGAGCGCAGGCGGAGACACAGCCGCUGUGAAGAGCCAACAGGACAAAGACAGUCACAAUCUCUUCCUCCAGAACCCUGGCUCUCUAUCUAAGCUCAGCAAACUCCUUGAAGUAGCCAAACUGGCUCAAGAUUCAAACGUCAACUCUGAUAACAGUCAGAACUGUCACUCUGUUAAAAUCCCCACCACUGCAUUUUAUCCCUCAAUUCCCAGCUCUCAGACAGGAAUAUCCCACAGCCCCCUGCCUGGAAACGCUCAUCAGAGACUUGGAGAUAAGAUGGAUACCGUGACAUCGCCGCUUUGUGCCCCCCAGCUCCAAAGCAGUCCGUGGAUAACCUGUAGUCCUCAGCCUGUCCUUCAGCACGAUCAAGAUAGCUUCCUCCAGCUUUCCAAGAUAGUGAUGGAUAAAAGCAGCCAGUGGUUUACACUCUUGCCUCGCUCUCCCUGUGACGACUGCUCAGUCACUUCAGGCUCCAGCCCUACAGCGUCCUCCUCUUCUCCACAGACCACGAGCACCAAAUCCCCCUCCUCCCUCUCCCCUAAUCCCCCUGCUACAGCCAGCCACAACACUGCUGCUCAAAUCAAUAACAGACAUUCGCCCGUCCUUCAGCAAGAAAAAUCUGGCAGUGAUCAAAGCAGACUGACACUGAGUGACGUGUCCAGUGCUACAAUGAGUCCCAGCCUGCCCUUCUCUGGCACUUCUCUACCCCCCGUGCUGGAUCAGGCCUCCCAGCAUGCAGAGAGUAAUGGGAAUGGGGUAAAUAACAACACUGUCAACAAGAGUGAGACCCUUAGUGACAAGUGUCCCUCUGCCUCAUCUCCUGCUGUGGACGUGGCCAAGACCCAGGACUACCCUCGACCUCAGCCUAUUCCCGAGGAGAUGCUGCGUGGUUGGUGGCGAGUGUCCGACACGCAGGAACUGCACAGUCUGGUUAAGGCACUCCACAGCCGAGGCAUCAGAGAGAAAGUCCUGCAGAAACAAAUCCAAAAACACAUGGAGUAUGUGAUCCAGCUCUGUGCCAGCAGCAAAGUGAUUGAUGUGUCAGAGCUGGAGAAGCUGCAGGGGUGUGAGGAGAUGGUGGAGAGUUGGAACGUCGAGGAACAGGCCAUGGACGUGGACAUCUGCCUUCUGCAGCAGGUCGAGGAUCUGGAGAGACGAGUCGUCUCGGCCGGCCUGCAGGUCAAGGGAUGGACACACCCUGAGCGACACUCGGACAGAGAGGAUCUUGUCUAUCAUGAGCACACACUGGUCUCUUCCCCGGCUCCUGACAGCAAAGGUUGGAAAGAAACCAACCCGGAGAAACAUCCCGACGCCGUGGUGCGUCAGCCGGAUAAUCCACUUGAUAUCGCUGUCAUGAGGCUGGCAGAGUUGGAGAAGAAUAUUGAACAAAGCAGUGACGAGAAGAAGGCGGAUCCUGGGAUGAGGCUGUGGCAUGAAGCCCUCAGUCAAGUUCGCAGCUCGGCUCAGCUGUCACUCUGUAUUCAGCAGCUGCAGAAAUCCAUUGCCUGGGAGCGCUCCAUCAUGAAAGUGCACUGCCAUCACUGUCAAAAGGGAGAUAACGAAGAGCUGCUUCUACUUUGUGACGGCUGUGACAAAGGCUGCCACACAUACUGCCAUAAACCCAAGAUCAGCAAAGUACCCGAUGGAGACUGGUUUUGUCCCACUUGUGUUUCAAAGGAAAGUGGUCAAUCCCCCCAGAUUACGAAGAAACGGAACCCCACAGCUUCAGGAGCGAAGAAAGGCAGUGAGAUAAAACAAAAUGGUAAAUCAUCUGUGGUUGGAGAACUCGUCAAAGAGGAGGCUUCUAGCAGCAGCAGCAGCAGCAUGUCAAAAAAGGGUACCAGGGAGUUAAAGAAGAGAAAUUCAGAAGACAAUCCGUCCAGCAGCUCCCAGGCCAAUAAUGACAGCGUCGCUCCCUGCGCCAAAAAAGCCAAAACAGCCGUAGAUGACGCGACUGGAUUGGCAAAAUGCAGUGAGCUGCUGGCUGAGCUGGAGGCCCAUCAGGACGCGUGGCCCUUUCUCACUCCGGUCAACCACAAGGCCGUACCUGGAUACAAGAAGGUCAUCAAGAGGCCCAUGGACUUCUCCACCAUCAGAGAGAAACUCCAAAACAACCAGUACUCCAGUCUGGACCCGUUCAUCGUUGACAUGAACCUGGUUUUUGACAACUGUGAAAAAUUCAACGAAGACGAUUCAGAAAUUGGACAAGCCGGACACAGCAUGAGAAGAUUCUUUGACAAACGAUGGACUGAACUGCUGAUGUAGAAAAAGUAAAAGUGUGGACUUUCUUCACUACUCCUCAUAUAAUAUGAAACCUCCUCUUAGGUGUUGGUGGUCUCUUCACCCCUGACAAAGUCAGUAUUAUAACAGUGGUGCAAUGUGGAAGGACAAACUGCUGCUACAUUUGGUGACAGAAACCUCUUUGUGGAUGAGCGUCUUUAAGUGCAAUAUUGUUCUGUAUAUCAAAAGUACUGACUCUUAGACUCGACAUUGUGCUUGGGAAUCAAAGAUUUACAACGUAUGUACGCCACUGACUCUUAAUCUUCAACGGUGCAGGCUUUGUAUACAUGUUUAUUUAUUUUUUUCAGUAUUUAUGAUUGAGCCUUCUCUAAGAAACUACAAAAUGGCACACAGCUUUAAAGAAAGGUGUUUUUUUUUCUGUACUCCUGAACAAGCCACUCAAAAAUAAUAACUGUUUACAUCAUUUUUACUUUUGGUGCUUGCAGAGUUAUUUAUUAUAAUCCUCUGCAGUUAAUUGUGUAAAAAAAAAAAAAAGAAUCACUGACACAUUUAUACUGUUGAAUUCUGUCAUUAGUUACAUUUCUAGAAUGUAUAGUAAGUACAUAAAUGGCUUGAUUGGAUUAUGUUUUCAGUGCAUAAGGACGUUUGUAGCAUUUAAUACAGUCUGUCUGUACUGGACAUCCACUCACACUAGUCUCAUCAACUUUAUCCAACACAUUGUUAACUUUCUCAGAGCGUUUACUUUGAAUUGGAUCGAUGUGGUGCGUAGUGUUUCCUCCUCUUCUUCCCCAGGCAGAGACUUUGUCACAUGUCCUGUGGACAGACAUGAAUCCUGCACUGGGCUUUAACCCAGCUGGGAGUUGGAUUGAGUCACAGUCCACUGGAGGCAUCUCCACACAGCUGAAGUCAGGAGACUUGAAGCAACUGUAUUUUAUGAAACGAGUAGCAGCUUUUGUAGGCAUAUUAUUUUUUAAUAGUUGAUGUGAAGUAGUGGUGGAAUGUACUUUUUUUUUUUUCUUUCCAAAAUAAAAAACUGUUAUGCACUCA